UACUUUUCGCAAGAGCCUGCCAUGGCGCUUAUUGUACUCACAUGACGGCCGGCUCUGUGGCGCUCAGAUGUGCAGCCGUGUGGGUUCUGUGAUAGAGGUCACCCCAGUGCUCCAGGGCUAUUAUGCAGCUCCGCGCCUGAAGAGCGGGCGCCGGAUGGGCAUUGCAGUGGUCCACGAUGUCCUGGGCUUUGCAGAUCCCAAUUGCAGGCACCUCGUGGACCACUGGGCAUCCAGAGGAUUUGAAGCCCUGAUGCCGGAUUGCUUCGAAAAGGAGGCUGAGCCUCCAGGCUUGCCUGACGAUGAUGAUGAGGCGUUUCAGAAGUGGCUUGCGAACAUCUCCAACGAGAAGUUUCGGGAGAAUUGCCUUUUGAAGGUCCUUGAUUGUAUUCCUAUCCUGAAGGAGCAGGGAUGUAUCAGAUUUGGCAUCAUUGGUCUCGGCUGGGGUGGUCUGAUUGCCGAGCACGUAGCCCGCAGCGGCGAGUUUGGUGCAGCAGUCUCUGUGAAUGGCUGGGAGCACUCAGCAGCUACGUACACAUUGACACAUGAAGCAGCCCCCGACCUUGCGAUGCUCUACAUGGUUUCUGAAGACAACGAGUGUCCCUGGCUGUUGCGACUAUUGAAAGGCUUAUGGGACAGAAUAGAUUGCUGA